AUGCCUCUCCUGGGGGCACUCUUUUUGGCACUCACCAGCGGUGCAGUGAUCGGACGCGCUUCCGGCGAAAGUGUCGAAAGCUCGGCGUGCGAGUUUUCAACGUUCCUUUCGCUCAGAGCGGAGUGGGAUGCGGACGACGAGCCGUGCCAGAAAAAGCUAUCCUUCGAGCUAUGGACGUUCAUGCAGGCCGAGGGAUCAGCCCAGAGCCCUGACGCUCAGCGCGUUCGAGCCAGCUGCGUCGAGCAUGAAGAAAUUGGAGUGGUAGAACUCAUCACUCCCAAGGGAUACACCAUGUCUGACAGCGUGAGCGCGGCCCCAGGAAGCGUGGUCAGCGAGACCGACCAUGCCUCUUCGUACCAGGGCGCCACCGCCAUGACGUUCGAAGCGUUCUGCGAGGACGAGAACAUUGAGCGAGUUACUCGGGUUGCCUCUGUUCUGGAGGCGUACCCGCGCAACAAGCGGAGUGGCCGAACGAGGCGCCACCUUCAAAGCACCACCAGCGAGGCAGGACAAGCGCAUCAAGUAGCCGAGCUCAUCGACGGUCUGAAGAACCUCGGGUGUACGAGAACAACGGGGGAAGAUCAAAAACUCUGCGUUUUGUCAGACAGCUUCAACUACUUUGGCGAUGCCGCAACCCUGAAGGAUUCCGGAGACCUGCCCGAGGUCGAGGUUGUCAAGGAAAUCCCCGAAGGCUAUGAGGGCGUUGACGAAGGAUCUGCCAUGAUAGAGCUCGCGUACGAUAUCGCGUCUGGAGCAACGUUCAAGUUCAGCACGGCCUAUGGUGGCGAGCAGAGCCUGGUCCGGUGAGAACCCGGCGUGCUCCGUCCCGGCUUUGUAGGGAUGCGAGGUCAAUGGU